AUACCGAGAGCCCCCUUUUAGUCGGAUCAUAGAAUAAGAACAAAGAAAACGUUUUUGUUUCUUUACUCGGAUUACUACUCCCUAGCUUUCUGCCUCUGCCCUGUGUUUCUAUGUAUUUUUGUUUCCCUUUCGUUUUUGGCUUUGAGUUAUUAAAACGUUCAAAUUCACAUUACCCAAGAAAGUUUUUGCAGAUUGGCUAUUUCCAUCAACACAGCUGCCAUUAAUACAAUCUCUUCUUCUCUCACCUCCUUUACCCUCUCUCUCUCUCAAUAGCUACAGUAGAUGCACAAAAAGUGAACGAAAGUGGGUUCUUUAUCACCGAAAAGAAGAAGGGUCUGCUUUCUUGGCCAUUAUUAUCACUUCCCCAUUUGAGAGGGGAAGUUUUCAUGGCUGUUUCUUCAUUGUGUUCUUGGAACUAUUAGCCUCUAGAUUUAGAGUUUCCUACUUUCGUGUUUGUGCAUCCCUUGUUUCUAUUUGAGUACUCAAAAGAGACUACAACCAAGCUUAUGCUUCAAGAUAUGAGGGGAAGGAUCUUCUGAUUACAACACUUAAAAGAGUGUUCUUUUGGGUUUAGUUACUGUUCCCUAAUGGAUAUUAUUCACUGUGCACGUCUACUAUGUGUUGUUGUCUGUUUUGGGAUGUUUCUAUGCGCAUCUUGUCUUGACGAAUUCGGUGAUUCAACAGCUGUUUACAUUGUAACUCUCAAGGAACCUCCUUCUACUACUCAUUACUAUGGUCAGCUUAGACAAAAUACCACUUCUUUUAGGCUUGGUACUUCUGGUGGAUUAAGCAUCCACAAACCAAGAAACAUAUCGAGAAAGCAUCGAAGAUAUAGAUCCUACAUAGCCCGAGUUCAUGAUUCAUUGUUGAAGAAGGUCUUGAAGGGGGAGAAAUAUUUAAAACUGUACAGUUACCAUUUCUUGAUCAAUGGAUUUGCUGUGCUUGUUACCGAAGAACAGGCAAACAAACUUUCAAAGAGGAUAGAGGUGGCAAAUGUUGUCAUGGAUUUCUCUGUAAGAACUGCAACGACCCAUACUCCACAGUUCUUGGGCCUACCGCAGGGAGCUUGGUCUCAAGAUGGUGGCUUUGAGUCUGCUGGAGCUGGGAUUGUGAUUGGGUUCAUUGACACUGGCAUUGAUCCAUCGCACCCCAGCUUUGCUGAUGAUUUGACUGAUAAUCCGUUUCCCGUUCCUGCUCACUUCUCUGGAAUCUGUGAGGUAACUCCAGAUUUUCCAUCUGGAUCUUGCAAUCGAAAGCUUGUGGGAGCACGCCAUUUUGCAGCAUCAGCUAUAACAAGGGGAAUAUUUAAUGCAUCUCAGGAUUAUGCAUCACCAUUUGAUGGUGAUGGACAUGGCACGCACACAGCUUCAAUUGCUGCUGGAAACCAUGGCAUUCCAGUCAUAGUUGCUGGACAUCACUUUGGAAAUGCCAGUGGGAUGGCUCCUCGUUCACACAUUGCUGUUUACAAGGCACUGUACAAAAGCUUUGGAGGUUUUGCUGCUGAUGUUGUUGCUGCAGUUGAUCAGGCUGCUCAAGAUGGUGUGGAUAUAAUAAGUUUAUCAAUCACACCGAAUCGACGUCCCCCUGGUAUUGCAACGUUUUUUAAUCCCAUAGAUAUGGCACUGCUCUCUGCAGUAAAGGCUGGUAUAUUUGUUGUGCAAGCAGCUGGCAAUACUGGACCAGCACCAAAGAGCAUGUCUUCCUUCAGUCCAUGGAUCUUUACUGUUGGUGCUGCUUCUCAUGAUAGAAGCUACGCUAACUCUAUAAGCCUUGGCAAUAAUGUCACCAUCCCAGGAGUCGGACUUGCACCUGGGACUUAUAAUGACACGAAGUACAAACUAAUUGCUGCAAUACAUGCAUUGAACAAUGACACAAACGUGUCGGAGGACAUGUAUGUGGGCGAAUGCCAAGACUCCAGUAACUUUGAUCAGGAUCUGGUCCAAGGGAACCUUCUAAUAUGCAGCUACUCAAUCAGAUUUGUGCUAGGGCUUUCUACGGUUAAACAGGCAUUACAGACGGCAAAAAAUUUGAGUGCUGCUGGUGUUAUUUUCUAUAUGGAUUCUUUUGUGAUAGGUUUUAGGCUCAACCCAAUUCCAAUGAAAAUGCCUGGCAUCAUAAUUUCAUCACCAGAAGAUUCCAAGAUGCUUCUUCAAUACUACAAUUCUUCUUUGGAAGUAGAUGGAUUAACAAAGAAAAUUUCUAAAUUUGGAGCUGUUGCUAGCAUAUGUGGAGGAUUGAAGGCAAAUUAUAGCUCUACUGCCCCACAAGUUAUGUACUACUCUGCUAGAGGACCAGAUCCAGAAGACAGUUCUCUUGAUGAUUCUGAUAUUAUGAAGCCCAACUUGGUAGCUCCUGGAAAUUUCAUAUGGGCUGCUUGGAGCUCUGUUGCCACCGACUCUAUCGAAUUUCUUGGUGAAAACUUUGCAAUGAUGUCGGGAACAAGCAUGGCUGCUCCUCAUAUUGCUGGCCUAGCCUCACUCAUAAAGCAGAAGUUUCCUAGUCUUAGUCCUUCAGCCAUUGCUUCUGCACUAUCGACGACAGCUUCUCUUUACGACAAGACUGGUGGACCAAUCAUGGCUCAACGUGCUUAUGCUAACCCCGAACAGAAUCAGUCUCCAGCUACACCUUUCGAUAUGGGAAGUGGUUUUGUGAAUGCAACAGCAGCUCUCAACCCAGGGUUGAUAUUUGAUUCCAGUUACAAUGAUUAUAUGUCGUUUCUUUGCGGUAUCAAUGGAUCAUCUCCUGUGGUCUUCAACUACACAGGCCAGAACUGCGGGCUUUACAAUUCUAGCAUCACUGGAGCUGAUUUGAACUUGCCCUCUGUGACGAUAGCAAAACUUAACCAGUCGAGAGUAGUGCAACGAACCGUGACCAACAUUGCUGGACCUGAGUUUUACAGCGUUGGUUGGAGCGCUCCUUAUGGAAUUUCUUUAAAGGUUUCUCCAAUUCGAUUUACGAUCGGCAGUGGCGAGAAACAAGAGCUAACCAUAUUCUUCAAUGCCACGAUGAACAGCUCGGUUGCUAGCUUUGGUAGAAUUGGACUUUUUGGGAGUGCAGGCCAUAUAAUCAACAUUCCUCUUUCAGUGAUUUUGAAGAUCUCAUAUAACAAUACUACUAAUUGAGAGCUUUGGAGGGUGAGUCAAUUCUUCCCCCUUCAUGAAAAGAAAAAGAAAAAGAUCAUGUAUUGUGUUUGUUUACCACCUGCUCUGCCUUCUUCCUUUUUGAAUAAUUUGGAGGUGUGUUAACCAAUUUUUUCAUUCAUUUUUUUGGAUGUAAAUGUUUUCUGAUGUAAGAAAGAAAAAGGAAAAAAAGUAAAUCUAGCUGGUUUCUGUAAUUUAGAUUGAAAUUCAAAAGUGAGGUAAUAACUAAGUUGACUUCUCUCUCCCUCUCUCA